AUGGUUUAUCAAUUGAGUGCAACGCUGAAAGGUCACAGCCAGGACGUCAGGGACGUGGUAGCUCUGGAUGAUUCAAAGGUGGCGAGCGCUUCGAGAGAUGGGACGGUUCGCUUGUGGUCUAAGGAUAACGAAUGGCAAGGCACAACGGUUUAUUCAGGGCAGGAAUUUUUGAAUAGUGUGUGCUAUUAUCCCGAGGAACAAUUGUUGCUUUUCGGUGGUAAAGACACUAUGAUCAACGGUGUGCCCUUAUUUGCCACCUUAGGGGAGGAUCCAUUGUAUACAUUGAUUGGCCAUCAAGGGAACGUUUGUAGCUUAUAUUGCCAAGACGGAGUUGUGGUAAGUGGUAGUUGGGACAAAACUGCCAAAGUUUGGAAAGACGGAUCAUUAGUCUACGAUUUACAAGCGCACACCGCCUCUGUUUGGGAUGCUAAAGUAGUAUCCCUGGCGGAAAAUAAGUUUUUGACUGCCUCUGCGGAUAAGACGAUCAAACUGUGGCAAAAUAACAAAGUUAUUAAGACAUUUGAUGGAAUCCAUAAUGAUGUAGUAAGACAUCUGGCCCUGGUGGAUAGUGACCACUUCAUCAGCUGUUCUAACGAUGGUCUUAUAAAAUUGAUUGACAUUCAAACAGGGAAUGUGCUGAAGACUUUUGAGGGUCACGAAAGCUUCGUUUAUUGCGUGAAGUUACUGCCUAAUGGAGACAUUGUGAGUUGUAGUGAGGACAGAUCAGUUCGCAUAUGGUCCAUGGAAAAUGCUUCAUUAAAGCAAGUCAUUACACUUCCUGCUAUCUCAAUCUGGUCCGUUGAUUCUAUGCCCAACGGAGACAUUGUAGUAGGAAGUAGUGAUAAUAUUGUAAGAAUAUUUUCACAGGAAAAAUCAAGGUGGGCUUCAGAAAAGGAAAUUGAUGAGUUAUCAAAACAGGUGGAAAAGUCUACCAUAAGUUCCAAGACAAUGCAAUUCGAUGAGUCUAAACUAUCGCCUUAUGAGAUAUUGCAAUCCCCAGGACGCAAGGAGGGCCAGAUAGUGGUGGUAAAAUCACCUCAAGGUACCAUAGAAGCUCAUCAAUUUUCAAAUUCUUCAUGGCAAAAAGUUGGUGAUGUUGUCGGUUCGGGUACUACCGGAAACGACCAAAAAGUAGAAUAUGAGGGCAAAUCAUACGAUUAUGUCUUUGAUGUGGAUAUUGAAGAAGGUAAGCCUCCUUUGAAGUUGCCUAUCAACGUCAAUGAUAAUCCGUAUACAGUAACUGACAACUUUUUGGCCCGUUACGAAUUACCACUGAGUUAUAGGGAGCAAGUGGUACAGUUCAUUUUGAAGAAUACUAGUGGUAUAUCAUUAGACCAACAGGCCAGCACCGAGAACACUCCAUCCAUAGCACCGUCAUUUUCAACAACAAAAGCGAUGAAAGUUCUUCCUGUUAAAAAAUAUUUGUUCAUGGACAACUUCAACCCAGAUACCAUUUUCAACGGCAUUGUGAAGAUAAAUGCGAGCGAAAAGACAUUUGACGAUGAAGUUCUGGCACAAAUAGGUGGGGCGCUACAUGACAUCGAUGAAAGUUGGGAAUUGCUGCUUUCAUUUGCUAAUACCAUAAGCUCCAGCUGGGAAGUCAAAAUUCCCGCAUACGACAUAAUGCGAUUAAUCGUAAAAAAGCUGCCAUACUCUUCAGAUAUUGAAAGUUACAUUAAAGAAGGCUUGAGUAACAAAAACAUCACCUUGACCAUGCUAACCGUGCGUCUCUUGGUGAAUUGCUUCAAGAAUGAGAUAUGGGGCGUGAAAUUGCUACAAUCUGAACAGGUUUAUAAGUCGAUCUUUGAAACUAUAGAUACAGAGUUCCCUCAAGCAUCUGCUAAGCAAUCACAGAAUUUGGCCGUGGCCGUUUCCACUUUAAUUUUCAACUAUUCAGCGCUUGUGAUAAGACAUCCCUCUGAUGUGGAGCUCUUACCAAUUGUAGCGGACGCCAUGAACACGAAAUAUGGUCCAUUGGAAGAAUAUCAAGAAUGCGAGGAAGCUGCGUACAGAAUUGCCGUAGCUUACGGAAAUUUGGCAACUGUCGAACCUACAUUAAGGCAAUUCGCUAAAUCCGUAGCUUGGCUUGCGAACAUAAAAAGGACCUAUGAGAAUGUGCCAAGGUUUAAAGAUCUAUUUGAAGAUUUAUCUUGA